UUCCGCUUCCCCUGCGGCCUGUUCCGUCGGUCACCUCCUACUGCGUGCGCAGUUUACGGUGCACGGGACUCGUCCUCUCCCCGAUAAGCAGGAGGGAGAGGCCCGCACUGAAAGAGCCAUCGUCGGGCGCAUGAUUUAGAGUGCCGAGCGCCGGUGUUUGUAUGCACAUGGAAGCGGAUGGUUUUGUGCGCAGGCGGCGGAUGACAGCGGACACUUCGGGCGGUGAUGCCGCGGUGGCUGGCGCUUCCGCGGGCGCGGAGAUCCAGUGGCUCGGCGGGCGCUUCUGGGGAGUUUCGGACGGUCUCGUCGGGACGCUAGCACCUCAAAUAACAAAAGAACCGGAGCUUCACGUUGGACAUUUGUAUGGCUCCCAGGAAGCCAGUGACUUAUCUGAACCGGAAUAUGAGGGUUUGCCCCAAGGUGCAUCCACCAGUACUCACAUGUUAGCCGGGGCAGUGGCAGGAAUCAUGGAGCAUUGCGUGAUGUUCCCUAUUGACUGUGUGAAGACUCGCAUGCAGAGCCUCCAGCCAGACCCAGCCGCCCGCUACCGUAAUGUGAUGGAUGCUCUGUGGCGCAUCGUGAGAACGGAGGGGAUAUGGAGGCCAAUCAGAGGCCUUAAUGCGACAGCUGUAGGGGCGGGGCCAGCUCACGCACUUUACUUUGCCUGCUAUGAAAGGUUGAAAAAGGUUCUCAGUGACAUCAUCCAUCCUGGAGCAAACAGUCAUUUGGCGAACGGCACCGCUGGAUGUGUUGCUACAUUGCUUCACGAUGCUGCCAUGAAUCCUGCUGAAGUGGUGAAGCAGAGGAUGCAGAUGUACAAUUCUCCAUACCGUGGCGUACUGGACUGCGUGCGCUGCGUGUGGAAGCAGGAGGGGGCGUUGGCCUUUUACCGCAGUUACACGACGCAGCUCACCAUGAACGUGCCGUUCCAGGCUCUGCAUUUCAUGACUUACGAGUACCUGCAAGAGCUCCUCAAUCCCCAAAGACAAUACAACCCCUCUUCUCACAUGGUGUCCGGCGCUCUGGCGGGAGCCAUCGCCGCCGCCGCCACCACACCACUGGACGUUUGCAAGACCCUGCUGAACACGCAGGAGUCUCUAGCCCUUAACUCCGUCAGCCAGAGCGGAAGACACAUUUCGGGCCUCGGCCACGCCUUCCGGACUGUCUAUAGGCUUGGCGGCCUGCCCGCUUACUUCAAAGGCGCUCAGGCGAGGGUCAUAUACCAGAUGCCCUCCACUGCUAUCAGCUGGUCCGUCUAUGAGUUCUUCAAGUACGUUAUCACCAAACACCAGCACGAGAAGCGCAGAGCCCAACGGGACGGAGAGAAGUAGGCGCUGACCCCUGACCCUAGCUUUCUCCCUUCGCCUGCAAAACCCCCAGACGAGCGCUCAAGGACAGAUCAAUCGAUACGCACAUAUAAAGUCCAAACACUCACGCAUUUUAAAACACUGAAAAGUUUUCACUGUGACGGUUUUCUUCAUCAUGUCAUUAUAAACAAAAUCUAUUUUGCAGUCCUAACAAUCAGCCCAAAAAAUUCAAUCCCACAAGGGGGCGUCAGAUAUCUUUUUAGGUUGGAGUGAAGUGAAAAUAUGUUAAUGAGCGGGAGGUCUUUUAAUCGUGUGGGUUGGACUUCUCUCCUUUAUAUUCCCCUUUAAACCAAAUGCAGAAAAGCAAACCCCUUUACUUUUUUAUUUCCAGCCAAACUGUAUACGCACAACUGUAUGUUCAGGAGAAAUUUGGAUUUUAAAAGGCAGAAUGUAGACCUGUAUAGUAAUUUAUUGCCAUUUCCGCCUGAAUGGCACUCAGAGAAAUUGAAAAUUUCUUUGUUAGAGGUAUUUUUGUAGGACUCGGUGGUGGCAUUUAGUGAAAAAUGUGUCCCUGCAUUUAAUCCAAAGUCAGGUGACUCUUGGUGUCUCUAAAAGAUGGCACUUUGGUCAGGAUAAUUAUAAUUCAGCCAUGCCUUAGACAUGCAGAUCAUCUGUUUCCACAGCUAGAUUUCCAUUUUUUUUUUUGACUGUACACAGAGGUCCCUCUAGGUGAUAUGAUGAAAUGCAAUUGAAUAUUUUUUUUUUUUUUUUUUUGAUGGACACUGGAAUGUAUUUUGGUUUCCUUCUGUAUGAGAGUUUGGUCUGAAACGCACACAACAUUUGAGACUUACUGACAGAAGUUUGUCUUGUCCGUUCCUUUUUGUUCCUCAGCUUUCAAUAAAUGAGCAGUGCAGGGAUUUCCCUUGCUUGCAUAAGCUGG